UUUUUUUAAACACUUAGCUAUAUCCAUUGCCAUAUGAUCUCAUUUUCUACUAAGAAGCUUUUUAUACAUUUGAGUCCAAAUGAGAUCAUUGAGCGAGCAUCGGUAGAGUCAAGAGUGGGAGAGUUUCUAGCAAAGUAUCCUAGCCCUCUUUCAGGUCUGAUCUGCUGAAUGGUUUUUAAUUCAUGGCUUUCCGUGCCUAUUACAGUCUCCCUGCCCCCGAAGGAGCUCAAGGCAAAUCAAUCAGGAAAAAUCAAAUGUUCUUUUUUGUAGUAUUAAUCACAGUUGACAUUAAUUAUGCUGAACAUUGUAGCAAUUGUUUUUUAAUAAAUAUUAUUUAAUCCUCACAAUAACCCCAUGGAUUAAAUACUACUGUUAUCCCUAUUUUAACAGAUGAAGACACAGACACAGAGAUAUUAAGUAAUCUACCCAAUAUCACAUAGUUAAUUUGUAGCAAAGCCAGGAUUAGAACCCAGAAAGGGUAACUCCAAAACCCACACUCUUCAGCACAACUCCUAUGAGGAGAACACAUGACUGCUGAGAAACCUCUGGGCUCUGUCACUUCUCUCCUCUGCAUCAUAAAACAUAAUAGGAGAAAUUAAAGAGUUACCUUCCUGAUGGGGGCAUCAGUGGAGAUUUACUGGAGGGAGAUAAAGAACCAGUCUGGUGUGAGGGAAAGAGAAAAGUAAAACACCUGAAAAAGAGGAUGGAAAAGAACAUCUGCCUAGAAAAAUAAACCUUGUGUGGUGAGAGUCUGCCAAGGCGAGCUGAGGUCUGCAGCCCUUUAGGUGCUAUUUCCAAAUGAGAAGUUGAGUAACGAGGAUACUUCCCUCUCAUGUGCUUUCGUUUUGAGUGGUAGGUUCAGAUUCAUUAGAAAGAUGUCAGAUAGCCAACAUUAAAACAACAACUACCUUGAAGAAAUAGGGUGUCUUCUGAGGUUGGUGGGAUUUGGGACUUCUUUGAUCUUUCCUUAAAGAUGAAAAGGGGGCGAGGAAGUAGUAGGAGAACAUGACCCCCAGAGUUCCAGAUCGAGAAGCCUCAGUAUGAACAUGGUUGGAGUACAUCUGAAAGCCUGGUGAAGCGGUGGUGUGAGGUAGCAUCUUGCAUUGGUUCUCCUUUCUGUACUUCUCAUGGUUGUGGUUUUUGAUCAGGGCCUCAGCAGCAGCUCAGACCAUGUGGACCGCGGAUGAGAUUGCGCGGCUGUGUUAUGAGCACUAUGGGGUCAGGCUGCCCAAGCAGGGGAAGCCUGAGCCCAACCGCGAGUGGACAUUACUAGCAGCUGUGGUGAAGAUACAACCUGCAGCUGACCAGGCCUGCGACUCUCCUGACAAACCAGCACAAGCGACAAAGGAAGUUGUCUCAAUGGGAACAGGAACAAAAUGCAUAGGCCAGUCCAAAAUGAGGAAGAGCGGAGACAUCCUCAAUGAUAGCCAUGCUGAGGUCAUAGCCAGAAGGAGUUUCCAAAGGUACCUUCUCCAUCAGCUCCACUUGGCCACCGCCCUGGAGGAGGAUAGCAUCUUUGUCCCAGGAACUCAGAGAGGACUAUGGAAACUCAGACCAGACCUCUUGUUUGUGUUUUUCUCCAGCCAUACACCCUGUGGAGAUGCUUCCAUCAUUCCCAUGCUUGAGUCUGAAGAUCAGCCUUGCUGUCCUGUCAAUAGAAACUGGGCCAAUAACCCAUCAGUAGAAGCGAGUGGUAACCUGGAAGCUCCUGAAGAUAAAAGGAAAUGUGAAGACCCAGAUGGUCCUGUGACCAAAAAGAUGAGGCUUGAGCUUGGGACUCCUGACGGUGUGGCUCACCAUCAGAGUUUUGGCAAUCAGGAAAGCGGCCCAGUCCCUCCAAGUGUCAGCAGCUAUAAUAUCACCACAGAGGAACUGUUGCCUGUCACUGGAAUGGCCCCCGGUGGUGCCAAAGUGGUGGACGUUUAUAGAACUGGAGCCAAGUGUGUGCCGGGAGAAGCUGAAGACUCAGGGAAGCCUGGUGCUGCAUAUCACCGGGUGGGGCUGCUCCGAGUGAAGCCAGGCCGGGGAGACAGGACUUGCUCGAUGUCCUGCAGUGACAAAUUGGCACGGUGGAAUGUCCUCGGAUGCCAAGGGGCACUGUUGAUGCACUUCCUAGAAGAGCCUGUCUACCUGUCAGCCGUGGUCAUUGGGAAGUGCCCCUACAGCCAGGAGGCCAUGCAGAGAGCUCUGAUUGGGAGGUGUCACAACAUCUUGGCUUUACCCAAAGGCUUUGGAGUUCAACAAGUGAAAAUACAGCAGUCAGAUUUACUGUUUGAGCAGAGCCGCUGUGCAGUGCGCGAGAAAAAGGCUGACAGCCCAGGCCGCCUUGUUCCUUGUGGGGCAGCCAUCAGCUGGAGUGCAGUUCCUGAGCAGCCCUUGGACGUCACUGCCAAUGGCUUUCCACAGGGAACAACAAAGAAAGGAAUCAGAAGCCUUCAGGCCAGAUCCCGCAUCAGCAAAGUGGAACUCUUUAGAUCAUUCCAGAAGCUGCUAAGCAGUAUUUCAGAGGACAAGUGGCCUGAUUCCCUCAGGAUGCAGAAGCUAGAGACGUAUCAAGAGUACAAGGAGGCUGCAUCUGCUUACCAGGAAGCCUGGAGUGCACUCCGGAAGCAGGCAUUUGGAUCCUGGAUCAGAAACCCACCAGAUUAUCACCAGUUUAAAUGAGAAGAGAAAGUUUGCAGAGAACUUACUGGUAGCAGUGUGUUUUCAGCCCUUCGUACCAGACUGCUGUCUUCCUUUAUGCUGGACAAGUCUUAGCUUUUGUUGUGGCUGAGUCAGGAAAAAAGUGUGCCAUCUACCACAGCAACAUCUCUCUUCUGUGUAAAAUGGAUGGAAUUCCAGAACACGGAACAAUCUGUAGUUUAUUGAAGUAGCUCUCUGCUAAAAUAGCAUCUCACUAAUGGCCCUGGUAUCCAUCCUAACUUGUGUUUUAUUGCUUCUCUAAAGUAUGGAAUAAGAAUUUGGGACGUGAUGCUUUAAAAGUACUCUGUAGUAGCUCCAUUUUAUGUGUUCCUACAUUGAUUCGGCAAAUAUUUAUUGGGCUGAGAUGAUGUUUGAAUCUCUGCAAGUUUUAGAGCUUUGCCUGGCACAUAUAUUUUGUAUACCCAGUCUUUCUUCCUUCCGAGAGCCACUCUUUCCUGCUCUAUCCAUGGGACUUGGUUGAGGUGAACCUUACUCCUUGGCUCCAGGAGUGUGAGCCAGCCCUGGACAGUCCUGGAACUAUUGCCAGAGCUACCAGGAGAGAUUUUCCUCUUGUAUCAGGAGCAGUAAGGGGCAUGUAAUCUUGGGACUGCUUAUGGCUGCCUUUGCCUCCCAGAUGGAGACAGCCAGCUUGAGAAUGAAGGCAAUCAAGAAAGAAACAACCAAGAGAAUCAAAGCUCUAGUGACCUUGUUUGGAUGCCUAAAGCUAGUGCCCACCCUGGACUUCAAUUAUAUGAGGUCAGUUCCUGUUGUUGUUUUGAGUAAGCCUGUUCGAGAUGGUUUUCUAUGACUUUCAACAGAAAGAGUUCUGUCUAAAAGGCCCAAGUCUCCUGUAGCAAGUCAGCAACAGAUCUAGCAACCAAUUGUGUUUUAACUAACAUCUAAUGUUUAACUCUCAACCUCUUCACACCUUAAAUUAUUGACUGAAUAUGGAAGCUCUCCAUGUUGGGAUUACUCACGAUCCUUGUCAGUUCUUCAUCAUUUUUUUAAUAGCUUUAAAUAUUUUUCAAUAGCAGCUUUAUUGAGAUAUAAUUCACAUACCAUAAAAUUCACCUUCAUUUAAAGUGUACAAUUUUGGGGUCGGCCCGGUGGCGCAAGUGGUUAAGUGCACAUGCUCCGCUGCGGCCACCCGGGGUUUGCUGGUUCGGAUCCGGGCACGCACUGAUGCACUGCUUGGCAAGCCAUACUGUGGCGGCGUCCCAUAUAAAGUGGAGGAAGAUGGGCACGGAUGUUAGCCCAGGGCUAGUCUUCCUCAGCAAAAAGAGAGGAGGAUUAGCAGAUGUUAGCACAGGGCUGAUCUCCUCACAAAAAUGAAUAAAUAAAGUGUACAAUUUAGUGGUUUUUAGUAUCUCCACAGAGUUGUGCAACCAUCACCACAAUCAAUUUUAAAACAUUUUUGUUCUAAAUUUUUGGGGACACUAUUCAACACAGUACAGUGUCCAUUAGCAGUCAAUCCCCAUUUCCCCUCAACCCCCCAAGGACAAAUAAUAGUCUGCUUUCUGUCUCUAUGGAUUUUCCUGUUCUGAACAUUUCAUAUAAAUGGAAUAAUACAACAUGUGGUUUUUGUGACUGGCUUCUUUCACUUAACAUAUUGUUUUAAGAUUCAUGAUGUGUAACAUGAAUCGGUAGCAUGGAUCAGUACUUUAUUCCUUUUUAUGGAAUAAAAGUCACAUUCAGUUGUAUGGAUAUACCACGUUUUGUUUAUCCAAUCAUCAGUUGAUGGACAUUUAGGCUGUUUCCACUUUUUGGCUAUUGUGAAUAGUGCUGCUGUAAACAUUCAUGUACAAGUUUGUAUGUGAACAUAUGUUCUUAAAUUUUAAUUACAGAAGUAAUACAUGUUUGUCAUAACAACUUAUCCUUGAAAUUUUUUCCAUAAGAAAUCAUUUUAGAUAGCAAGAAAGAAAGGCAAAAACACCACUACCUGAAGGCCAGGCUCUCUCAUAUGCUGCUUUAAUCAGAGAAACCCUUUUGCCUGACCCCAAAUCCCACCAUAUGACAGCACGUAGGAUACCUCAAAGCAGGAGCUUUCAUCCACAGAUUAUGCCUCUCUCUCUCAUGAGAUUGUUUUAAAAGAUAAAGAUUUAUAUGAGAAUAUAAGAGGGUAAUGUCUUUUUAUUUCUAUAUUUUAUGGUAAGUUUGUCAAAUUUGCACAAAAAAACUAAAUGUAAAAACACCUCUAAAUUUUGAGGGGUUAGUUUUGGGAAAACCCUAAAAACUAGAGAUGAAAGGCCGCUUCACCUUGGGCUCUGCAUUUUUUUUCUGAAAAGCUUUAAAAGUGGUGCUUAGGCGUCCAACCGCCUACAUUUUACUUUAAUCUCUUAAAACCCAUGUUUAGAAUCUCACCUAUGCCUUAAAAGUACAUCUCUGCCAAAUUGGUAGGUUCUCAAAUUUCAUACAUCCAAUCAUAUCAUGUGUUUUUACUAAUGUUUCUUAACCUAUAUUUGACUGACAACUGCUUCUAAUUUUUAAAUACAUUUUCUUUUUUUUUUUUAACUUGAUAUAGAAAGUUUUUUUUGUUUGUUUUUGUUGAGAAAGAUUGGCCCUGAGCUAGCAUCUGUUACCAAUCUUCCCUUUACUUGAGGAAGAUUGUCCCUGAGCUAACAUCUGUGCCAGUCUUCCUCUGUUUUUUAUAUGUGGGAUGCCACCACAGCAUGGCUUGAUGAACGGUGUGUAGGUCAGUGCCCAAGAUCCGAACCUGCAAACCCCGGGCCACCUAAGUGGAGCACGAGAACUUAACCACUACGCCACCAGGCUGGCCCCUAGAAAGUUUUAAAUAGACACAAAAAUAGAAAAGCACAGUGGACCCCCAUGUACCCAUCACCUAGACUUAACAACCAUCAGCUUUAUGCUGUUGUUAUCUGAUUUAUUCCCCCUCCCCUCCAAUUCUUUUUUCUUGAAGCAUUCCAAAGCAAAUUCUAACCGUCAUGUUUCACCCAACAAAAUUAAGAAUAAUUCCUUAAUAUCUAAUAUGCAGCCUGUGUUCUGUUUCCCCAUGUUGUCUCAAAAAUGUCUUUUGACUAUUGAUUUGUUCAAAAUAGGAUCCAAACAAAGUCUACACAGUGCAUUUGAUAGAUUUGUCUUUUGUCCUACUAAAUCUGUAACAGUUCACUCUCCUUUCUGUUGGUUUAACAAAUGGGUCAUUUGUCCUCUCGAAUCUCUCCCAUCCUGUAUUUUGGCUGCUUAUUUCCUCUAGUGUUGAUAACAGAUUCCUCUGUCUCCCAUAUGUCUUCUAAAUGUGCAGUUACAUGGAGAAACUUGAUUAGAUUCAGGUUCAGUUCAUUUGGCAGGAAUACUUCUUAGGUGAUUCUGCAUACUUCUGGUGCAUCCUAUCAAGAGGAACGUAACAUGUGGUUGUCCCACUCUCAGUGAUUGAACAAUGGGUUCGGUGGCCUUCUCUAUCCCAUUAUGAAGUUCUCACCACCCUUUCACCUAAUGGUGUUAGCAGCUGUGUUGAGGGUCCCCAGGACCACCCUCAGGUUCGAUGAUUCACUAGACAGACUCACAGAACUCAGACAGGCUGUUAUACUCAUAGUUACCAUUUAUUACAGUGAAAGAAUACAGAUUAAAGUCAGCAAAGGGAAAAGGUGUGUGAGUGAAGUUCAGGAGAAAGCAGCCACAAGCUUCUAGUUGUCCUCUCUGUGUUAACCAUGUGUUUCUGAUGCUUUGACAUCUGGGGCCUUGCUGACCCUGGAGAGACAGCCCCUCCCAGGGGUAGCCAAUUCCUAGAGAUAGUAAGAGACUCAUCUGGGAGUGCACCUUUUAUAUGCAGACAGCCAAUCCAGAGCCCCUACCCCAACCCCCUCCUCUUUCUGGCACUCUCACUCUGGGCCACUGUCCACCUGUCCUGAUCACCCCAGGGCCAGGUACCAGACAACUGGGGGCAGCUGCUGUGCCUCAGAGCCCACUGAAAUUAGUCAAACUGACCAAUCCCAUGCCUGCCUACCCUCCCCCGCCCCUUCCUUCCCCUUCACAAUGAUGGCUCUUGCCCACAUCUUCCCCCCCCCCCCCCC